AUAAAUAUUGCACCAUCCUCAAUUAGUCAUCUCCUAUCAUCAGUCCCUUUCUGCUACAUAUAUUUAAAUCCAAAUGACAACAUCUAAUCUUAAAUUAAACAUACAUGUCACUUUCUUUUGCUGCAUAUUUUACUACACAGACCUAUUAGAGAAAUUCCAGAAGCCCCUCUUGUCGAUAAACCGCGUUUAAGGUCGUUGUUCGAACUUAAGAUAGAUAAUUUUAUAAUCACAGUCCACUCAUUUAGGUUUCUCUUAACUAAAUAAUGCAAAUGAUUAUGCGCAGAAAUAAUGAUAUUUUUUAAAUAAUACAUCGUUGUUGUUGUCGUUGAUAUUGAGAAAUAGCAACACUUUGUUGGCACUCAACCAAACGAAAAAACUUAUUUGUUUGUUCUAUUGGUUUUCUUUUACCUAUUGACUUUCGUUCGCAACCUGGUUUAUCAAUCGACACAUAACAAGAAGUAGUGCAUAUAGCAAAGAAUCUUCUAGCUUACAUACCUUCUUUCUUGUCAUUUGACAUAAUUUGCCUUGGUUUCAUCUCCCAAACUUCAAGAAAGGUAUAUUCUCCUCUUUGAUUCUGUUUAUGGGCGGUGACGAAAGAUUAGUGACGAUCAUGGAAAAGAACAAAGAGAAACACGAGAUCCUGUCUCAAGGAAUCAAGAUAACUAAAGAAGAAGAUCUGCGAAAAACCCUGUUCAGCCCAUCGGCAAAAUCACCGACUGAAAACGGCAGACCAAGCAGCAUGGUUUUUAAGAAAGCCCCGAGGGUGAUUCCAGCUCAUAUAGUAGCCGAAGCCAUAUCGACACUCCACGGACUAGACCUAAGAUGGUCGGGCCCCAUAACUCCAGCCGAAAUGCAAUACGUGGAACAAUACGUAGUAGCCAAAUACCCAGAGUACUCAAACGCCCUCAUAGAAGGAGGCGAAAAGACCGAUUUGUACGACCUCUGCGUAAAAGAAAAUCUCACAGACCCUCAAAUGAUAAUCGACAUCGAAAAAACAAGAAAAUCGCCUCGAGGCUCGUUCACCACCCCUUCUUUUGGGACCACCCACCCCGAUCUUGAAAACACACAUCUCGAGCCAUCGAGAUUGCUUAACAUCCUCACCAAAAAAUCAUCAUUCAUAGGCAGCUUCAUUUCAAUACCCGAAAUCCAAGCUAGAAAUAAAGUCCUGAAACACUGCGGAUUACAAGACGACGAAUAUCUUGUCCUUUUCACGCAGAGUUAUAAAGAUGCGAUGAUGUUGGUCGGAGAGAGCUACCCUUUUUUUAAAGGGAACUAUUAUUUGACAAGUGUCGGUGAAGAAUAUGAUUGUGUGAGAGAGUUUGCGAGCUAUAAAGAAUCGAGGGUGAUUUUAGCUCCCGAGUCUUGGUUGGAUUUGAGGAUUAAGGGUUCGCAGCUGAGUCAUUAUUUUAGGAGGAAAUGUAAGCAUACCCCAAAGGGUUUGUUUUCUUAUCCAGUUGAGGUGAGUGGGACCCGCUAUUCGAUGCAUUGGGUUUCGGAGGCACAUCGAAACUCGUGGCAUGUAUUGCUCGAUGCUACUGCUUUGGUUGUGGGGGAGGAUCAGUUGAAUCUUGCUCUUCAUAGGCCGGAUUUUGUGAUGUGCAGUAUCGAUAAUACGAAUGCUCAGUCUUCGAAGGUUACGUGCCUUUUGGUGAGAAAGAAGUCGUUCGACAUGUCAGCAUCUUCAACUGCAUCGAAUGAGUGAAGGGCUUUUUUUUUCCUGUAUACCUGUAAGAAUAUGGAAGUUUAUAUCGGGCUUAAAGAAACGAACUGAUAAAAAAAAUCUCACUUGUUGAAGGCAUCAUUCUCAUUUUCUGCGUAAAAUAAGAACAGAAUCUUGAUGAGAGGAAUAAGAUUCUUCUUUCUUGAUUAAAAUGCCAUUUUCUUGCACCAAAAAAACUAAAUAAAAAUGAAAAUACCGAGAAGCACAUUUACCUGGGCCAAUAUAGCUGAUUUCUUGAUACUUUGAGAAAUUUGCAUUUGUAUUAUUAGAAUGGGGCUAAAGGUAUAAAGCCCCCCUGCUUCUUAGAUGUAUCAGAACGACAUUUGAAUCUCAACGUGUUUUACUAAACUCUGCCAAAAACGAUUCAUAUUACUCAAUCGUAUAUCUAACUGUUUAUACCGUCAAAAUUAAUUUCGGUUUGAGAAAUGGAGUACCUAAAUUACUCAAGAUACACGAUUGUCUCGUCAAAUCUUCAUCCGCCUGCUACAAUCCCUAUUUCAUCAAACCUAUUUCUAACCUGAACUUUCACUAAUCCCUUCUCAGAUGUAAUCUUUUGUAGCUCAUCCUUUAAAUAUAAACAAAAAUGUUCUGCAUAUCAUGCUUUUCAUACUCUAGAUACAGAAGAAAUGCAUAAAUGUAACGACAUAGCUAUUCAAAUUUCAAAGACAUGAAUCCAGCCAAGAAUCACCAACAUCAACUUUUAUUAUAACAUUCAACAUAAGGUGAUAUUCGUACCAAAGGUAUCCACUAGAGAUACCAAUAACUACAAAGC